GGCAUCGUGAAGAGAUGUCUUCUUCGGAGCCCUCAUAGCCUCAUCGCUGUGUAUAAGUAGGCUCGCCGACGUUUUCUCGCGGUUCUUGAUACCCUUCUCUAUUCUCAUGACACGAACACGAACGCGCCAGGCGCAGGCUCAGACUGGUUCUGGGCCGGCGCAUGAGCAUCAUAAUGGACCUGUACCGUUGGCGACUUCCGAGACACAUUCGUGGCAUAUUCUAGUUCUUCGCGGACGAAAUCUUCGUCUUCUUCGACCUGAGCGAGCAUGGAGACCUAUCGUCACCCUCGACAUCGACGAACAUCAGUCUCACGAGAUCCUACUCGGUGUAGACGGCCAAAAUCCCAACAUGAAGCAGUCUCUGAUCCUCGACGACGUGGGACACGCGAGCCAAGUCGACGUUAAGGUGUGGCAUAAGCCUUCGGCGAGCAAGAAGAGUAGGAAGAAGAAACAAUUGGUGGCUAGUGGGAAGAUGGGGUUGGGAGAGAUCGUAAAGAGUCAGGGUGGGGAUCGUCGAUCUCAUGCCGAAGUCCGACUAUUUCGUGCUUCCUCCCAAGGCCGGAAACAAUCUGCACAGAACCAACACGCCUACCCCACGCUCCUCAUCCGCGUCCGCCCCCCACCUUCCAUCGCCCAAACACUCAUUUCAGCCACAACUCUCUCAGACGCCGAAGACGAUCACCACUCGUUUUCUGACGGCCAUGAUGACCAUGAAACGGACGAUUCAGAGUCUUCGGACCACGGUUCUGAAUCACCGACCAACACCGAACCUACUCUCGUAGAUAUAGAUCCGACUUCGGGGUCAGGGUCGACGCCUAGUUCGACGAUAAGGAGGAGGAGGGGGCGGAAGAUGAAGCCUCAGCUGAGGGGGUAUCUUGUCGAUGAUGAGGAUGGGGUGCAUAUGGGGUAUGACGAUGAGGAUGAGGAAGAGGAGUGUUCUGAUUAUGGGGAGGAAGAGGAGGUUCCGAUUUAUGACCGGGAUGAGGAUGAGGAUGGGGCGGAGAAAAUCCUACCAAUGGACGAAGAAGGAAUUCGGAUGUUCAAUAUUAAGAUUCGACCAUACCCUUCAUCUCGGUAUUCCUCUCGCUCCCGCUCUCGGUCACGGUCCCGUCCCCGUACCAAACAUCCUUCCUCAAAACCCCUCCACUCACAUCCGCACCCAGAUCCGCACUCGUACCCAUCUCAUCCACCUCCACCAAACCUGCUCAUCCGCUCCGUCUCGUACAUCGCCACCUCGAUUCUCCCCACCCGUUACAUGUCCCAAGACAGCACCAUCAGCGCCCAAUCCUCCCUCUCCAACAUCACGGCUCAAUCCUCCAUCUCCAACAUCACGGCGCAAUCCACGAACUCGAGAGCAGGUUCGACUAGGUCGGUGGCGACGUCGGUUAUGGAUUCGGUCACGUAUUGGAGGGAGUUGAGGGAGGCGGAGACGGAUGCGGAUUUGGAGAGGACGGUGGGGUCGUUACAGAGUGAGUGGUAUUAUGUCGGGACGUUGUUGCUUGGCGUUGCUGGAUUGGAUACGGCGGCAUUUGGAUUUGCGCCGGAUGCGAUUUUCGGGCAACCAGAUAAUAUGGCCAAACGCGCUAUCACGAUCUCGAGUCUCGCAGCUGCGAUUGGGCUAGGCAUGGUCUCGUGGUUCAUGCUCGUCUACUCCCGCACCAACGUCGCUCGCUUCCAAACAUUAGCAACAGACCUCUACGCCUCCUACUUCUUCUUCUCCCUCUCCUCCCGACUCCCACUGUUCUGGCUCCUCAUCUCUAUCCUCGGCCUCAUCGUCUUCCUAGCAUCAAUGGCGUGGCAGGCGUGGAACGAAGCCGCGCUGAUUAUGAUGGUCGUUGCGGGGGUGUUGGUGAGUCUGCAGGGGAUCGUUUAUGGGGUGCAUUGUUGUUGGGGGGCGGUGGGGAGGGUCGCGCGAGGGGUCGGGAGGGGAGUUAGGUGGGUUGUUACGGGGGGAGGGAGGGGCGGAACGGGAGGAGGUGGAGGUGGAGUAGUGCGUGGUGGGGGCGUAGGAGGGGCUGGAGGAGGUGUGGUGCGCGAGCCAGGGGAAAUGGCAGUGACGGCUGUUCCUUCGGGUUCAACGGCGGCGCCUGAACCGGGACCAUGACUGGGUGGUUCGCAGAGUGACUCGGUGGAGAUAAUAACUUAUUCUUCGAUGUAUAUACCUUUUUCUUGAACGGGCUCCUGAUACAUAGGGUAUUUUAUUGGUCAAAAUGUACAAAAGGAUUGA